GACUUUGACUGGCGUCUCGCAAAGUUCCUCCGGACCGUGGCACGGAAUCCGAAUCGGGCUGCGUCGGUGAAGCGACUGCAUAUCAACACCAACCUUCUCACCGGCAUCUCCGACGACGAGGCCGAGGCUGUGUUCCACGAUGCUGCCCAGGUUCGUGGCAUUGACGCCUCCGCCUUUGUUGUUUUGAGGGACGAUGAGUUCCUUUUAUCCGACUUAGUCGCGCAGUUAUUCAGGAACAAGGAGACGCUCCAAACAUUGCAUCUCGAUAUCUCGCCGCGGUGGCAGACGCGAGGUGCAAAUGGGAGGCCGCCCACCGAGCUGUUGGCCAGCUUGAGCAGCUUUCCCGUCCUCCGAAGCUUGCUUCUGAGCGCGACAUUACCAUACCACGAUGCCGGUGACUCGGCAGACGAGCAUGCCAGUAUCCUUACUCGACUCCUUCCUCAAUCCAUUGUCUCGCUACAAGUCCUGGUAGCUGACAAGGUGGAGGCCCAGGGGUUGCUUCCGCGACUGGCAACUGGAUUCAUGCGUCUUGCCCAAGCCGCGUCCCAAGGACAGUUCCGCAAUCUGCAAAGUGUCAGUUGCAUCGGAGAACGAAGACUCGACGGGUGCGAUCUAGAUGCUAUGUUCGCUAUCGCCGGGGUAGAUUUCGGGUAUGACUGUUGGCAAUUCAACGACAAGACGCCUGGGCGGCGAUCGGGCUCCCGGUUGGGAUCUCGAGCACGCUCGAUAACUUCGGUGAGCUCCGAUGAUGAAACAGAUUCAUGGUUCGACUUUCCCGUAGGCAACUUCAACUCGUCUUAAUUCGGGUUCCCGGGUCUAAGGUUACUUGAAAACCUGGC